AUGGCAUAUAAAUCCGGGUCCUAUCUAUGUGACUCAAUUACUUCAUCUUCCACUGCUGCUGGGAAUCCAGUUGAAGGUGCCAAUUACUUUGGUUAUGCAGAAGGAACAGCAAUUGGGGUUGCACCAAAAGCCCGGCUUGCCAUGUACAAGGUUCUAUUCCUCACCGACACCAUCAAGUCUGCUGCCACUGACACGUUAGCCGGCAUGGACCAAGCCAUAGCUGAUGGAGUAGAUCUCAUGUCAUUGUCAUUGGGAUUCAGAGAGACGCCUUUUGAUGAAAACCCUAUUGCAGUGGGAGCUUUUGCAGCCAUGGAGAAAGGGAUUUUUGUGUCUUGUGCAGCUGGGAAUGCUGGUCCAAAUGGUUUCACCAUAGACAAUGGAGCUCCUUGGAUCACAACUGUUGGUGCUGGGACAAUCGAUCGCGAUUAUGCAGCUAAUGUUACAUUUGAUGAUGAGGCCUUCACUGUUGGAGGAAAAUCUGUCUACCCAUUAGACUUGUCAGUGUCUAGGGUUCCAAUAUACUUCGGCCAAGGGAAUAGAAGCAAAGAAAUUUGCGGCAAUUAUUCUCUUGACCCAAAAGAUGUUGCAGGGAAGUUUGUUUUCUGUGACUUCAUUGAUGAAGAUUCAGGAGUCAAUACGUUUGAAAUAGAAAGGACAGGAGCUGCUGGAGCAAUCUUUAGUACAGACUUCCAAAGAUUUCUUAAGCCAAGUGAUUUCAAUUUUCCAUUUGUGGCAGUAACCCCAAAUGAUGGAGAUUUGAUCAAAGACUACCUAAUCAAAACAGAGAAUGCAACCGUUAGCACCAAAUUCCAGAUAACAGUGUUGGGUACUAAGCCUGCCCCUAUCGUGGCGUGGUUCUCAUCAAGAGGGCCAGAUCGCAAGUCUCCAUGGAUACUAAAGCCUGAUAUUUUAGCUCCUGGGGUUGAUAUUUUAGCUGCAUGGGCACCCAAUAUAGGAAUUGCACCAAUAGGAGACGACUAUUUGCUUAGCGAUUUUGCACUCCUCUCUGGCACUUCCAUGGCCUCUCCCCAUGCAAUUGGUGUAGCGGCGCUUCUAAAAACACUCCACAAGGACAGGAGCCCAGCUGCCAUACGAUCAGCCAUGAUGACGACUACUUAUGUGAUUGAUAAUGCUAAUGGCCCGAUCAUUGACAUGACCACUGGAGUUGCUGGGAUUCCUCUUGAUUUUGGGGCAGGACAUGUCAACCCUGAAAAAGCAAUGGAUCCUGGUCUUGUUUAUGAUAUAGAGGUGCAGGACUAUAUCAAUUACUUGUGUGGAUUGGACUACACAAGCAAACAGAUUAAGAUCAUCACCAGAAGGUCGAAUUUUAGUUGCGAUCAAUCCAGUCUUGACCUUAAUUACCCAUCUUUUAUUGUUAUCCUCAACAACACUAACACUAUGAGUUACACCUUUAAUCGGGUCUUAACAAAUGUAGUAGAUGGUCCCUCCACUUAUCAUGCAGUGGUGAAGGCUCCGUCAGGAAUGGAUGUUGUUGUGCAGCCCCCGGUAGUGUCCUUCGCUGGAAAGUACAGUAAAGCUGAGUUCAACAUAACGGUAGAGGUCAAUGUCGAAUAUGCUAGUCCACAGAGUGAUUCCAUAGUGAAUUAUGGGUAUUUAAGUUGGAAUGAUGUUAAUGGGACUCAUAUGGUGAGAAGUCCUAUUGUUGCUUUCUAUGCACCUUAA